AUGGUUAAAAAGAAAGUAGAUUCAAGAAUUAGAACAUUAAUCGAAAAUGGUAUUGCAACUAAUCACCGUAGUUUCUUUGUAAUGGUUGGUGAUAAUGGUAAAGAUCAAGUACCAAAUCUCCACUAUAUUUUAUCAAAAAGUGUUGUCAAAGCAAGACCAUCAGUUUUAUGGUGUUAUAAAGAAGAUUUAGGUUUUUCAAAACACAAAAAAAAGAAAAUGAGACAAAAGGAAAAAUCAAAAUCACAAGGUUUAGAAUCAAUUAAUCAAGAAGAUCCAUUUGAUGUUUUUAUUUCAACUACAAAUAUUAGAUACAGUUAUUAUUCUGAAUCACAUAAAAUUUUAGGUCAAACUUUCGGUAUGUUGGUUUUACAAGAUUUUGAAGCCAUUACCCCAAAUCUUUUAGCAAGAACUAUUGAAACCGUUGAAGGUGGUGGUAUUGUUGUUUUGUUAUUAAAAACAAUGACAAGUUUAAAACAAUUAUAUACAAUGUCUAUGGAUGUACAUUCACGUUUCCGUCAAGAAAACUCAAGAUCAGAAGUUGUUUGUAGAUUUAAUGAACGUUUCCUUUUAUCAUUAGCAAAAUGUGAACAAUGUUUAGUUAUGGACGAUGAAUUAAAUAUUUUACCACUCUCAUCUCAUUCAAGAUCUAUCGAAGCCAAACCAACCAUUUUAGAAACACCGGAACAAAUAGAGUUAAAACAAUUUAAGCAACAAGUUAAAGAUACCGAGGUUGCAGGUGUCUUAAUUGAAAAUACUAAAACUAUGGAUCAAGCUACAGCUCUUUUAACUUUUAUCGAUAGUAUUUCAGAAAAAACCCUUAGAAGUACAGUAACAUUAACUGCCGGUAGAGGUAGAGGUAAAUCUGCUGCUUUAGGUUUGGCUAUCAGUGCUGCUGUUGCCUUUGGUUAUUCAAAUAUUUUCGUUUCAUCACCAACACCAGAAAAUCUUCAUACACUCUUCCAAUUUAUUUUCAAAGGUUUCGAUUCAAUGGAAUAUGUUGAACAUGUCGAUUAUGAAUUAGUUAAAUCAACAAACCCAGAAUUCCACGAUGCUAUCAUUCGUGUUAAUAUUUUCAGAACACACAGACAAACUAUUCAAUAUAUACAACCACAAGACUACCAAAAAUUAGGUCAAGCCGAAUUAGUAGUUAUUGAUGAAGCCGCUGCUAUUCCAUUACCAUAUGUCAAAAACCUUUUAGGUCCAUAUUUAGUCUUUAUGUCAUCAACCAUCAAUGGUUAUGAAGGUACAGGUAGAUCAUUAUCAUUAAAACUUAUUAAACAACUUCGUGACCAAUCAACCACAGUUUCAGGUUCAUCAAAUAAUAAAAAUAUUACUGGUCGUGUUUUACGUGAAGUCGAAUUAAAUGAACCAAUUCGUUACAGUUCACGUGAUCCAAUUGAAAAAUGGUUAAAUGAACUUUUAUGUCUUGAUAGUACAGUUGCUAAAAGUUCACCAGCUGGUUGUCCACAUCCAUCAGAGUGCCAACUUUAUUAUGUCAAUCGUGAUACCUUAUUCAGUUAUCAUAAAGCAUCAGAAUUAUUCCUUCAAAAGAUGGUUGGCCUCUUUGUUUCAAGUCAUUAUAAAAACUCACCAAAUGAUCUCCUUUUAAUGUCAGAUGCACCAGAUCACCAUUUAUUCGUUUUAUUAGGUCCAGUAGAUGAAAACAGCUCCAAUGGUAUCCCAGAGAUUCUUUGUGCUGUUCAAGUAUCACUUGAAGGUGAAAUUGCUAAAGAGUCAAUUCUUAGCAGUAUUAAACGUGGUUAUCAAGCAUCAGGUGAUCUUAUUCCAUGGACUUUAACUCAACAAUAUCAAGAUGAAGAUUUCCCACGUCUUUCAGGUGCUAGAGUAGUUCGUAUUGCAACACACCCAGAUUAUCAAAAAAUGGGUUAUGGUAGUAAAGCUUUAGAUAUUUUAACCGAAUAUUACCAAGGUAAAAUUCCAAAUUUAGACGAGGAUAAUAGCGACGAUGAAGACAAUGAAAAAGAAUCCGAUAAAAAAAUCAAAACUGUCGAAAAAGAAAGUGUUUCAUUAUUAUCAGAGGUAGUUAAACCAAGAGCCAACAUUCCACCAUUAUUAUUUAAAUUAUCAGAAAGAAAACCAGAAAAACUUCAUUAUAUGGGUGUAUCAUAUGGUGUCACACAACAACUUUAUCAAUUUUGGAGCAAAUCUAAAUACCUUCCAGUAUAUCUUCGUUUAACUUCAAACGACAUAACUGGUGAACAUACUUGUAUAAUGUUAAGAGAAUUAAACAACGAACACAACAAUACAAUUUGUCAAGAAGGUUGGUUACAAUCAUUCCAUCAAGAUUUCAGAAAGCGUUUCAUCAAUCUCUUAGGUUACGAAUUUAGAAACUUUAAUUCAAAGAUGGCAUUAAAUAUUUUAUUUGAAAAAGAGAAAUUACCAAAAGAAUUAUCAUAUGAAGAAGUUAAAUUAUUAUUCUCAUCAUACGACUUAAAACGUUUAGAAUCAUACAGUAACAACAUUGUCGAUUAUCAUGUAGUAAUAGAUUUGUUACCUUCAUUAGCCAAACUCUAUUUUACCAACAAAUUAAAAGUUGAAGACGUAUCAUUAAUUCAAUCAUCAAUUCUUUUAGCAUUAGGUCUCCAACACAAAACUGUCGACGAUUUAAUGGGCGAAUUAAAUUUACAAUCAAAUCAAAUCCUUUCACUUUUUAAUCAAACUAUGCGUAAAUUAAAUGUCGAAUUAAAAUCAACUCAAGAUAAAUACCUUCAAGAUCAAUUACCAAAAUCAAAUAUUGUAGCACCAAGAACUGGUCAAUACCAAUCAUUCAAAGGUGAUAUUAAGGAUACCGAUAUGAUUCCAUUAGCUGAAGAUUUAGAAAGUGAAUUAGAGAAAGGUGCUGAUGAAAUUAAAGCUAAAUUUAAAAAACAAUUAGAAAACGACGAAUCAUUACAACAAUAUUUAAUUAAAGGUGACGAUGAUCAAUGGAAAAAAGCUUUAAAUAAUAAAUCCGCUGCAGUUCCAAAAUCAAUUUCAAUUAAAACAAAAGAAGUCAAUAAACUAACAAGAUUUGAUGAAGUAUUGGAAUAUGCAACAAAAAAAGGAUUGUCAAGAAAAGAGUUUCUAAUUUCAAUCUACACCCAUGUAAACUCAAGUGGCCCAUUAAUAAAUUUAAAAACAAUAUUACCAACACCAAGCUCUAUCACUGAACCAAAUGGUCCUAUUGGCGAAAUUGUUACAACCUCACCAUCGGUUUUUUCAAGUGUAGCAAGUCAUGUUAUCGAUGGUAAUGAUGGUUUUUUAGCUGUAGAGUCAACCGGAACUUUUAUAUUCCAGUGUUCGCGUUCAGCUACUGGUACAGUUUCAAGUAUAUUCUCCAGGCAAUUUAAUUGUGUCCCAUCAUUGAAGCUAACCGAUGGUGCAAAUAAUUCUAUUGAUGUAGUUACCGAUAACGUAGUAUUUCCAUUAGAAAAAGUAUAUACAGAAUUUAUAUUAAAUACAAACAAAGAACCUAUAUAUAUUAGAUUUUUAGAUUAUAUUUCAAAUAGAAGAAAGCUUUUAGGUCAAGUUUUUGAAAAUAAAGCUUUAAAACCAAAUCAAAAAUUAUUUACAGUUCUUUCAUGCCAAUUUGACUCUACAACCAAAAAAAUUUAUUACAGGAUUUUAAAUUUACCAUUUCAGUUUUCAGAAGGUAAGCUAGAUAAAGAGAUGGAACAGGCAGAUUUAAAGGUUUCAAUUUAUGGUGGAUUUUUGAUUGGCUUUGGUGUUUCAAUUUUAAUUUAUUAUGGUAUUCCUUAUAUCCGUGACUAUUUAUAUAAAUUAAAAUUAGAUAGUACAAAAACUGUUACCCCUGGAGAAAUGCAAGGAAUGUGUUCUAUAUGCUAUGAAAAAAGCAGAGACAUGGUUUUCAUACCAUGUAAUCAUGUUAUAGCAUGUAAUAAUUGCUCAGAUCAUGUUACCUUUUGUCCAGUUUGUAGAGGACAUAUUACCCAAAAGAGAAGAAUAAUAUUUAGUUAA